AUGGUGUUAUUCCCUGGAAGGAAUGCACUGUUGAUUUCUGGCUUUCUCUCUGGUGCUCUUCUUGUUUCUGGGGCAUCGCAGGCAUCUGCGACGAUUUCUGGUGUUGUUCUGCCGAGCAGCACUCCUGCACUGGACCCCUGCAUGGAAUCUUGCUUUGAAGUGGCGGCAAAUGCUAAUAACUGUGCUAUCGACGACGUUCAUUGCGCUUGCGCAUCUGCUCAACUCCAGGCAGACUUGACACAAUGUCUUGAUGCUCGGUGUGAUGCAUUCGCUGCCCCUCAAGCCCAAGGUUUGCUUAUCCAGCUCUGCAACAAAGUUGCUGUCGUCGCAACAGGAACUGCUACGCCUAACCAUCUUUCACUUUCCGCAACGGUAGCCGCAGCCGCACCCACUUCUCCUGCUACAGAAAAUGGGCUCCCUUCCAUUCCAACAAGCCGCGCCCACACGAUGCUCACCACAAGCAUUACGAUGUCGAUUUUGAGAGAAGUUUCCCUGGCAAGCAUUUUAAUCUUCAGCUUGGUUUGA